CGAAAGCUGUUAACAUUCCAGAACCAACCAUCAUCAGUGGAAGUGCGUAGCAAACAAGGAAGACAGUGAAAAAUUAUCGGAAAACUCUCUUAUUGUUCAGUUCGACGACAAAUCUACUGUUAGAUUGUGUGGAAAUUUUGGUGACAUAUCCAGCUGCUGGAGUUUCCUGUAGAAACGUAGCUAAUCGGCAUGAAAACUGGUUUUUCUGAACCGAACUAUCAGCAGCACCAUCCGCAAAUUUCAGACAAGAUGGCGGCCAUGGGGGAAGAGUUCGAUGUCGAGGAGUUGCUCGAGGCUCCCUACAGAAAGGAGGUGAGUAAUCACUUGAAUGGGCUUCAGCUUAACGAUUACAGGGUUUUUCAGGGUAAAACAUUCUGUUUAAGAUAUUGCGGUAAAUGAGGUUUUGUAAUUUUCUGGUGGAAUUAAAAUAGUAUUCGUAAAUGUAACCUCGUUUCUGCAUUCUGUAGGCCCACUGUUAUCAAUACGGUUUGAGUUCGUGGUUUAGCCAGCUUGCUUAAUAGGUACAUAAAUGCGACGGUAGAAGCAACAAAAACACGGUAGAAACAACAAAAAAUGAAGCUUACUGUGAUUUACUUACAUACUUACUGCGACUCGUUUAAUACAUGUUGGAUCUAUGCCUAUGAUUCAAGAAAUGUACGUAUAUUAUUUUGUGUUAGAUGCAUACACAUUCAAAUCUGGUCUGUUGUAAUGCAUCAAAUCUAUCCUAGAAGGUAUUUUUUUGCAUUAUGCGUUGCUCGCUUUGUUUUUUAGUGCGAGAAACUGCAUAGCAGAAACCUAAGUGAAUUUCUUCCUAGAGUACUCACCAUAGAAACAGUGUAAUUUUUAAUUAUGACCUCAGACGAUGUAUAUAAGAACGUUUUUUGGGCAAGCGAUGUCAAUUUAUUUUUCCUAAAAACAAGUUUCAGGAAUAUUUCCUUAACAUUUCCUCGUCGGAUUGCAUUGUUUGUAAAUAAAGCAAUCAUACCGUUCUCUCUAAAUCGAAAUCAUUGGCUCAGUUAUGAAUACAUUUAUAAUAAUCAAAACAAUAUUUCCUUACUCGCGCAGGUGUCGCAUAAAGCGAAAAGAAAAAUACAUAAUUUAGUGCCCAAAUGAACACGCGAGCUUUGCAAUAAAACACCCCAAAAGGUCGGCUUAAAGUACAUCGCGCCUUUAGGUAAUUAAGCAAACAUUUUCGAUUGCUUUUUGCGCGUGAAUACAUGCUAAGUAAUCCUUCUCUAUGGCAUUUUAUAUUUGAAUCUAGAUUGAAGAAGAGAUCCUCUUUUAUCCUGUGGAAACAACCGCUUUAUCGAGGCUCAUACAAAUCGAAGGCAAGAUUCCGGAAUCGAAACAAAGUAAACAACGCAAAUCAGCAGCACAUUACAUCUACCAGCUCAUUACUGCCACAGAAACCUUUGGAACUGAGAUAAUUUCGAUUGCGAACUCCCAAACUUGCUCAAGCAUAGUUGUUGAAAUUUUCGUUCUAGAUCGGCCCAUAUCCAGUUUGGUGUGAUACUCAACCAUCGUUUCGACUAAAUCAUCGCCCGCCGAUUAAGAUCUCUUUACAGGUUCCAUGCCACUGCUGGUCUGUGUGUGGGGACUCGCCUCUUGCAUCUUUUGCUUCCGCGUCUGGCGUAAGGUCCUAAUGAUUGCUCUUUUGGGUCUCUUCUAGGUUCUGGCGGUCCACCAAAAAGCGGUCCUCGUCUUUGUCAUCGUUGCCUCUCCGCAGGGUUUAUAGGUUUUAUUUUCUCUCAUUGGAAACAGCUAUGCUUGAACGAGUGCGAACGAAGUUGACUCAGUUUUUACUUUCCGUAAUCCGAUGCUGGUCAUUUAUACUAGUUCAUGUAUGUGAUAGCGAUUUUUUAGUGAUAGAAACAGGUCCGGAAGACACCAAUAACAUAUGUGACUCGGUUUUUCCAGUUCCAUCUCAAAAUUGUUUUUCGAAAAAAAUUUCGACCUAAACUAAACGCGUCUAGCGUAAAUUUUGUUUUCAUAGCCAUUUUUUAAAAUUCGUUUUAGAUUUAUUUACGUUGAAUUUAUACACUUGUUUAUAAUUCAUAAUAAAAUAAUUCAUAAUAAAAAAUUAUCAAUGAAUAGUCACAUCUGAAUAACUAUCAGCUGAAGGACCUGUAGCUAUCACUUCAAGAAACGACUACCGCAUGAGCCUUGAAGACAUUGCCCAGUAGAAUUUAUGCUAUCCGCUUGAACGAAACAUUUUCAAAGGCAAUAUUUUCCCUUACAGAUCUAUUGCUUUCCAAGCAUUUGUGAGCAUAUACCGAGCUGAAUGUGUUAACUUGAAUUGGUAACAAGCUGUGACGAAAGGUAGAAUUUGAUUUACGACUUGAGGCAUUGUGAUUGGAUCCCGCACGAGUCCAACCAAUGAGACGAAAGCGUGUCCCCAUAAGUCAGUUUGAAGAUCCUAUAUCUCAAGAGUAUUAUUUUUGCAGAAAGCGCGCUCUAUCUCUCUGUGUGACACAGCUGUUCUUCUGCCUUCUCUCUACAUAUGGGUGUGUGCGUGCACAACCUGAUGUUGAGUGUGUCAUUCAGUAAUUGCGAGUUGGUUGAGGUUCUCUUGAUCUCCGAACCACACGGAACCUUAAACCGUGCGAUGACAGAGCAAAACUGAACGGACGACGGAUCACCUGCAAACAAUGGGAUGUCCCACGGAGAAAGAAGGGACCGGGAUAAUGGACGCAGCAAAUCGUCUAGACAUCGCAGUCGUUCGCGAGAACACAGGGAUCGUGAUGGAGAAAAACGUUUGGGAAAUCAAUCUCGGGAAAGGCGAGACAAGGAUAAGGAUAAGGAGAAGGAACGCACCCGUCGCCGAAGCAAGGAUCGGUCUCGCUCGAAAUCCCGUGGUAAGGAUCGCUCUAAAGACAUAAAAGAAAAGGAACGUCGCCGCGAGCGCCCUGAGCGUGAACGCGAGCGCGAGCAUCACUACAAUCGGGAUCGUGAGAGGCGCCGAUCGCGCGAUCGGCAUCAACCACCAGCGCGGGAGAAAGAAUUCCGAAGACGUCGCUCUCGUUCGCCACGGCAGGGCUGGCGUGGACGCACACCCCCAAAUGGAGCUCGAUACCGCGACGGAUCACCCCCGGAGGAGCUCAGCCCGGAGGAACGAGAUGCACGCACCGUUUUCUGUAUGCAAUUGUCACAACGGAUUCGGGCCCGGGAUCUGGAGGAGUUUUUCUCCAGUGUUGGCAAAGUUCGAGAUGUGAGACUCAUAACGUGCAAUAAAACUAAACGUUUCAAGGGCAUCGCCUACAUAGAGUUCAAGGAUCCCGAGUCGGUUGCCUUGGCGCUUGGGUUGUCGGGCCAGCGGUUGCUAGGAAUCCCGAUCUCGGUUCAGCACACCCAGGCAGAGAAAAAUCGACUGGCAAAUACCCCACCUGCACCACCACCAAAGGUAGUAUCCGGUCCAUUGCGAUUGUAUGUGGGCUCUUUGCACUUUAACAUUACUGAGGACAUGCUGCGAGGUAUUUUUGAGCCGUUCGGAAAAAUUGAUAAUAUCCAGCUCAUCAUGGACUCCGAUACUGGUCGUUCCAAAGGAUAUGGAUUCAUUACAUUCCACAAUGCAGAUGACGCCAAGAAAGCACUCGAGCAACUGAACGGAUUCGAGCUGGCUGGUCGUCCCAUGAAGGUGGGCAACGUGACGGAACGGUUGGACGUAACCACACACGCAUCGCUCGAUACAGAUGAAAUGGAUCGCAGUGGCAUUGAUCUCGGAGCGACCGGGCGGUUACAGCUGAUGUUCAAACUUGCCGAAGGCGCGGGCCUUGCGGUUCCGCGAGCGGCAGCCGAUGCACUGUUGGCUACGGCUCCACAGCCAGCUCCCCAGCAACCGGUCCAGCAGUCGCCGCCGAUUGCCACACAAUGUUUCUUGCUGUCGAAUAUGUUCGAUCCAGCCACUGAAAGCAAUGCUAAUUGGGAUAUCGAGAUAAAGGACGAUGUCAUCGAGGAAUGUAACAAACAUGGUGGUGUACUGCACGUUUACGUCGACAAGCAAUCACCGGGUGGAAAUGUGUACGUGAAAUGUCCCAGCAUAGCAACUGCAGUUCUUGCCGUGAAUGCACUCCACGGAAGGUGGUUUGCUGGGCGAGUUAUCACUGCGGCCUACGUACCGUUGAUCAACUAUCACACUUUGUUCCCGGAUUCGGCACAGGAGGCCGCUCUACUUAAACCUAAUCGGACAGCUUAGAGGUCUAUUUGCUUUCGAAAACAUUCUCAUCGCCUAAGUUUGCUAAUUGGUGAGGAGAGUGGGAUUAUGCAUAGGUUUUUCUUUGUUCAUAAAAGUGCUACUAGUUCAUAUGUGAUAAUAAUUUAAAACUGAAGGCCACACUCGGGAAAUUAUCGCGGAGAAGCAACUUCUGCUUCUGCUGAUUACACUGAAGAGAGCGGGUCAAAUAUCAAGGUUAAUGAGCACAUAACGUCAACUUAGACCAUAGUCUAGAUCUGGUGUCCAGGUUUAUACGAAGGUUCUUUUUUUACAUCUUCGUAACUAGUGCGAUCGUGUUAUUUUAAGUCUUUCGGUUAUAGUCGAGCUCUAGUUUGCGCGUUUCUGUAUAAGUAAGGCUUUUGUUUUUUGAAAUGCAGGAUACUUUGAGGGAAAACGUAACAUUGAAUCAUAAUGCUAUUUUAGGAGUAGAAAUUCUAAACAUCGAUGAAAUUUUUAAAAGAAUACAUUACUCAGUACUGUGUAAUA